AGCCCGUCGUUAUCCGGGAACGAUCGACGUCAAUCAGCUCCGGCACGGUUACGUUUUACUCCGUCACAAUCCCACCCAACCGACAAUCUUCCAACCAUGUAAAAACACGUUUCCCACGGCAAGUUUAACUCAACUCGUCAUUUCCCCGUUUGGGCGUAACCACUCUCGGACUCCGCGCCGUUGCCUCUCCGUCUACAAUGACAGCGGUGGUUUCUCAGAACGCCGCGGAGGCAUCGCCGUCGCCUUCGCCGGCGCAGCUCAUGGAUCAUCGUUCACCAUCCCUAUCCGUUCUCUCCGGACGCUCCGACAUCGCUGAUUCGCCGGAUCGUGCCUCUGCCGAUCGAUCUUUUUCUCUUCCUAGCUCGUCUAGGGCCUCGGAUCCUCAGUCUCUCCAGUAUUUGAAGAGUGAAGAGUACCGGAAACUUUUUCAUCUUCCUGCAGAUGAAGUUCUCAUCCAAGAUUUUAACUGUGCUUUGCACGAGAACAUUCUUAUUCAGGGUCACAUGUACUUAUUUGCACAUAAUAUAUGCUUUUACUCCAACAUUUUUGGAUUUGAGACAAAGAAAAUAAUUCGAUUUGAUGAGAUUACAUCGGUUAGAAAAGCAAAAAUGGCUGCAAUACUCCCAGCAGCUAUAGAAGUAAUAGUUGGAGAGAAGAAGUUCUUUUUUACAUCUCUAAUGUCCCGUGAUGAAGCUUUUAAGCUUAUAAAUGAUGGUUGGCUGCGACACAAUGGUGGAGCUAAAGCAAAUGGAGAUCAACAGGAACCAUUUUUGGAGCCACGAACUCCCGAGAACUUGUGUCUAGUGGCUGAUAAACCAGAGAGCUCUGAUCAACCAAUGGAUGAAGAGUUAUCUGUGGACAGGGAUAUUGAAAUUUCUUUGUCAGAAAAAACAAAGCCUGUAGACAAUGGAGAUUAUGAAAUUGUUCCAAUUCCUCUAGGGCCACCUGACACUUUAGAGGAACAUGCUGAGAUUGUUCAGAGCACAACAAAUUGUUCAUCAUCAGAAAAAUCUCUAUUCCUGGAGGAAGUUGAUUGUGAUGCACCCGAGGUCCCAAAAGGCUACACAAUGGUUGCUGAAUCUAAGUUUCCGGUGAAUGUGGAAAAGUUCUUCGAUCUCUUCUUUUCAAAUGAUGGUGUUGGUUUCCAAGAGUCCUUUCAUACAAAGUGUGGGGAUAAAGAUUUCAAAUGCACCCAGUGGGUCCCUUGUGAGCAACUUGGCCGCACCCGAAAUCUAUCAUUUCAGCAUCCAAUUAAAGUUUAUUUGGGUGCAAAAUUUGGUAGCUGUCACGAGCUUCAGAAAUAUCAACUUUACAGAAAUAGUCACCUUGUGGUUGAGACUUGUCAAAAAGUGAAUGAUGUACCUUACGGAGAUUAUUUUCAAGUGGAGGGGCUUUGGGAUGUUACAAGAGAUGGUAGUGAAGGAUGUAUUCUGAAGGUGUACACAAAUGUGGCCUUUUCCAAGAAAACAAUGUGGAAAGGGAAGAUAUUGCAGUCCACACUUGAAGAAUGUGAGAAUGUUUUUGGCAUUUGGAUUGAACUGGCACAUGAAUUGUUGAAGCAAAAGAAGCUUGAGAAGGAACAGGCUAAUUCAAAUCCAAGUGAUCAAGGUGACAUGGAAAAGCAAGUGGGAGUAGAUGCAUGCGAGAGAAAGUCAAAUGGUGCAACUGGAACAUUAAUAUCAGAGAAAUUGCCUGACUUGAGUAAUACGAACCAGCAAGAAAGGUGUUCCGGGUCUGCAUCCGCGCCAUAUUUGUUCAGAUAUUUCAACUCAAGAUUUUGUUCGUUGCUGAAAUCUCAGAGCCAACUCUAUGUGCUCCUGGUUGUGGGUAUUGCUGUGGUGCUCUUCCUAAUGCAGUUGAGCAUAAUUGUACUACUGAGUAGGCCACAACAGAUCCACGUGAUUUCUCAAGGCGAUUGUAGCGUCGUGCAUGGAAUGGAGAGGAGGGGGACGGAGACGCUUGGGUUUAUCGAAAACCAGGUCAACCAUCUCAAAGAAGAGAUGGUUCUGGUGGAGACGAUGCUGGACAAAAUGCAGUCCCAGUAUGGGUUGCUCAAAGCGAAAUUGACUGAAUUGGAACAGAUCGGGAAGCACCACCGGAAAUGAUCAACGCCGUCUGGGAAAUCCUUCUUCUGGUUUGGUACAUAAAUAAAUAAAAAAGAUACAGUAAAAUUACUUGCACAUAUAACGUGUGUUGUUUGUGCCAGUGGGGAUUGGAUUAUUACAUGCAUAGUGUUAAAGAUGAAUAGUGUCUAUGUGCUAAUCUUUGUUCUCAAUGUGUCUGUUUGGUAAUAACGUUAGAGAUUAGCAUUAACGUUUUGAAAAGGCUAUCUACGGGUAGCGUUUAGCAUUAACAUUUUCAAAGUAAUCUACACCGUUAAAAGUUUAUCCAAAAUGCUGAUGCUAAUCUCUAACGCUAUUCUCAAACAUGUUCAAUAUCUCCUCCAUUAGGGAGUCUUAGAGUUCAGUUUGGCAAGACCUUGUGGUUGAAAUU